UCUCCCCUCCGAACCGAAUCAAACCACCCCAGCGAUCUCCCAUAAAAUUUCCCCAACCCAACCCCCAAAUCCCCAAUCCCCUCGCCCCGAUCUCCCCCCACCCAAACCUCCGGCGGCGACCAUGGGCAACCCGGAGAAGCUGAUGGCGCAGAUCUUCGACCUCAAGUUCACCUCCAAGUCGCUGCAGCGGCAGGCGCGCAAGUGCGAGAAGGAGGAGAAGGAGCAGAAGCUCAAGGUGAAGAAGGCCAUCGAGAAGGGCAACGUCGACGGCGCGCGCAUCUACGCCGAGAACGCCAUCCGCAAGCGCACCGAGCACAUGAACUACCUGCGCCUCGCAUCCCGCCUCGACGCCGUCGUCGCCCGCCUCGACACGCAGGCCAAGAUGCAGGCCAUCGGAAAGUCCAUGGGCAACAUCGUCAAGUCCCUCGACUCCUCCCUCGCCACCGGCAACCUACAGAAGAUGUCCGAGACCAUGGACAGCUUCGAGAGGCAGUUCGUCAACAUGGAGGUCCAGGCAGAGUUCAUGGAGGGCGCCAUGGCCGGCUCCACCUCCCUCUCCACGCCCGAGACAGAGGUCAACAGCCUCAUGCAGCAGGUCGCGGAUGACUAUGGCCUCGAGGUCUCCGUCGGCCUCCCGCAGGCCGCCGCGCACGCCAUACCUGCCGCAAAGGAUAAGGAGAAGGUCGACGAGGACGACCUCACCCGCCGCCUCGCUGAGCUCAAGGCACGCGGCUAAUAAGAGAGUCUCACUACUACUUCAUUCAGG